AUGCGAACGUCUCGUGAACAGAAAGCGCGAGUGAACAGAGAUAAAACGAGUGACGAUACCGUUGAAGACCACGAGAGAUCUUCUGAUUCUGACGAGGAGAGGCGGCCGAGCGGGAUCGUUGGGAGCGCAAUGAAGCUCUUCAAGUCGCUACGACGGAGCGAACGCGAGGCGAAGCGUCCGCGGGACGGGUCAGACACCGAGACAGAGGCGGGACAGAAGAGACUGAGGUCACAGUCGGGAUCGAAAGAUGAGUCCGCGGCUACGCCAAGGUCGACCGUCGGGGGAAUUGGGGGAGCGUCUUUUAUCACGAGCUCGGUGCAGAGAAAAUCCACGGUGAGACGAACGGGAAACGGAGGGGCACAAGGGGCGGAAACCGUGGCGCCAACAAAUCUGAGCUCGCGUUUCGGCGACAAUGUCGAUGACGAUGAUUCGGUGGAGUUGGCCGAGGACGUUCUAGCGUCGCCAAAAAACGUAAAGCUCAAGAGGUCCGGAUCGAGGAAGCUCCUCGACACGAUUUUUUCGCCGAUGUUCUCCUUCUUUAGCAGCAGUGGGGGCACGAGAAAGCAAAAUCGUAGAUCGAAGUCGAAAAAGUCGAAGCAAACAGACGAUGAUCAGUUCGAGAUCGAGCCCGACGGUGCGAUACCAAACUUAAGCAUGAGCUCGAUACACAAUGCGAUGCGAAGUAUUGGUGAUUUGGAUGGCAAACAGGUCGAGCUGUACGGUGGCGAGCAGUUGUCGGCGAGAGAGUACCUCGAUCGAUUCGGGAUGACGAGCGACGAAGCCGCGUCGGUACCCUACGAAGACUACGACGAAGAGUACGAUCCGUGGGCAUUCAUCUACAAUUUGAAGUUUUCUUCUCCGUGCGCUGUGACGAACGGCCCGCGAGGCCCCGUGCUACCGGCUCGGGCGAAGGAUGACAAUAGGAACACCUUGGUACUCGAUCUCGACGAGACUCUCGUGCACUCCAACUUGGAAAAUACCGGUGGGAAAUCAGACUUUUCGUUUCCCGUUGUUUUCAACGGUGAAAUUCAUCAGGUCAAUGUCAGGACGCGACCUCAUCUGCAAACAUUCAUGGAAACGGUGUCUAAAAAGUAUGAGAUUGUCGUUUUCACCGCGUCGCAGCAAAUUUACGCCGAUAAAUUGCUCGAUUUGCUCGAUCCGAAGCGGGAGUGGAUCGCUCACAGAGUCUUCCGCGAUUCUUGCGUACAAAUAGAGGGAAAUUAUAUGAAGGACUUGCGCGUGCUUGGUCGCGAUUUAUCGAAGACGAUAAUCAUUGACAACUCUCCGCAGGCGUUUGGAUUACAGGUCGAAAACGGGAUUCCGAUCGAGUCCUGGUACGACGACGACAAAGACAAUCAUUUGUUAUUCCUUCUACCGAUUCUUGACGAGCUCGCUUCCGAAACGGAUGUACGAAGUACGUUGAGUCGCAUGUUCAAUCUGGGCGAACGCGUUCGUCGCGGGGGAUUACGAUCGGAUGCGUGGAGGACAGCGCUGGGUAUGAGAAUUGGAACGCCGUUGCCGUAG